UGUGAGCUAUUUUUCAAGCAAACCAAAUCACCAACUUGAAUCGCAAACAUGGCAGCCGAAGCUACACAAAAGACUUUUGAUAUUCCAAAGACGUACAAGGCAGCCGUUUAUGACAAGCCUGGAACAAUAUCCACGAGAAUUGUGGAGCUCAAUACGCCAGACCCAGGACCAGGAGAUGUGCUUGUUCGACUCACGCACUCUGGAGUAUGUCAUUCCGACAUGGGAGUCAUGGAGAACUCAUGGCGUGGGCUACCCUAUCCCACGCAACCCGGACAAAUUGGCGGCCACGAGGGGGUGGGAGUAGUCCAUAAGCUUGGUCCCGGUUCCGAUCGAGUAAAAGUCGGCGAUCGUGUUGGCAUCAAGUGGAUUGCCUAUGCUUGUGGAGCGUGCCCUCCAUGCCUUGAGGGCAGAGAUGGUGUCUGCUUUAAUCAAAAAAUUUCAGGCUACUAUCAUCCGGGCACAUUUCAACAAUAUGCUCUAGCACCUGCCAACUAUGUGACUCCUAUCCCUGAUUCUCUUAGCUCAGAAGACGCUGCUCCAAUGCUUUGUGCCGGCGUGACAACAUAUUCAGCCUUGCGCAAAUCCGAUGCGAAGAGCGGCCAGUGGGCCGUUAUAGUUGGGGCUGGCGGAGGUCUUGGUCAUCUUGCCACUCAAAUCGGGAGCAGAGGUAUGGCCAUGAGAAUCAUCGGGAUCGACCAUGGUAGUAAGGAGAGCCUGGUCAAGGAAUGUGGUGCAGAAGUUUUCCUCGAUAUCACCAAAUUUGAUGACAAAACACUCGCUGAGGAGGUGAAGAAAGUUACCGGCGGUCUAGGUGCAUCAGCCGUGAUCGUCUGCACAGCAUCGAACAAUGCAUACGCCCAGGCUCUCGACUUCCUCAGGUUUGGAGGGACAUUGGUAUGUGUGGGAAUGCCGGAGGGCGACAUGGUCCCAAUUGCAAAAGCUUUCCCAGCUAUGAUGGUUGCAAUGGAACACAACAUCAAGGGGAGUGCGGUAGGCAAUCAGAGAGAGGCAAUAGAGGUCCUCGAGAUGGCCGCCCGUGGAGUCGUCAAGACUCGUCUGAGAAUUGAGAAGAUGGAAAAACUCACUGAGGUCUUUCAGGAGAUGUCAGAAGGAAAGAUGCAGGGGAGAGUGGUCCUUGACCUCCAAUGAGUUUCAAUUAGGCAUCCCAUUGUACUAGGCAUCCAUCGAACUUUGAUCAGUCCAAUGCAGACAGAAAGUCAAUGUAAAAAGGGGGUUGGACGCGAUGUCCCAGUACUGUAUGGUAGAUUAAACGAGGACUUUAGGGCUG